AGCUGUCCACUUCAGCACCACCGGUAAUGCAGUAGGUGGGAGCGCUCCGCCGGGGGCGAGUCGGCCGCGAGGGGGGGGCGGGCGGCCCAUCCUGCAGCAAGACGCCGGCUCCCUCGACUCCAGGAGCUUUGCGGAUAGGGGGAGGGAAAAGCGCCUCGAUUCUCCGGGAGAAACCCCCUCCCUCCCCCACUUCGCCAACACUACCCCCGUCACCAACAAUAAACGCCGCCGCUGCUAGUCCAGCUGCCGCCGCCGCCGCCGCUCCUGCCCGCCCUGCAGAGCCAUGGAAGGCGAGACCCCCGCAGCCGUGCAGCCGAGACCGAGGGCUUACAGAAUACUGGGAAGUCUGGUCUGAAACGAAAGCGCCCGAGACCCCCCCCAAGGAAGAGAACUGGCGAAGCCAAGGAUUUUCAUGGCGCAGGCCGCAGAGCCGAGAACGAAGACGGGAGGGUGCAUUUCGGCUCUUACAAUCUCUAACUGUCUAGGUCCCGACCAUGAGAGAUGGUGUUGAGAAUUCGGCUGUUCCCUGGUUCACUGUGGAAGCCAUCUCCAAAUUAACGAUCACCUAUGGAAACUGGAGACCAGAAUUUUAGGAAAAGAGAUUAAAGCAUCUCACUUGGGGGGUGGGGGUGUCUUUUUAUUUCCCCCUCCCCCCUUUUUUUAAACUCACUGCAACCGGAACAGUUUCUGAUCCCAAAAGGCAAGCUUCUCUUCCCGUGUGAUCUUUAUAAUUUACACUCUUUUCCGUGAGCUUUCUUACCUCCCUUUUUUAAAAUAUCUCUCCAUAUCCUCUAUUCACAUAUAUAUCCAUUAUAUUAGUAGUGGAAUUAUAUUUUAAUUUUUUUUUUUUUUUUUGGCUUUAGUACUCGCACCCUCAAACACACCCUUCCGAGAACCAGAAGUCGGUUGGGUGUUUAUAUAAUGAAGAAUUAUGGGGCUGUUUGAUCGAGGUGUUCAAAUGCUUUUAACCACCGUUGGUGCUUUCGCUGCCUUCAGCCUGAUGACCAUAGCUGUGGGAACCGACUAUUGGCUCUACUCCAGAGGGGUCUGCAAGACGAAAAGUGUCAGUGAGAACGAAACCAGCAAAAAGAAUGAGGAAGUUAUGACCCAUUCUGGAUUAUGGAGAACGUGCUGCCUUGAAGGGAACUUCAAAGGCCUGUGCAAGCAGAUCGAUCACUUCCCAGAGGAUGCAGAUUAUGAAGCUGACACGGCAGAAUAUUUCCUCCGGGCCGUGAGGGCCUCGAGCAUCUUCCCGAUCCUGAGCGUGAUUCUGCUGUUCAUGGGCGGCCUCUGCAUCGCAGCCAGCGAGUUCUACAAGACUCGGCACAACAUCAUCCUGAGCGCCGGCAUCUUCUUCGUGUCUGCAGGUCUGAGUAACAUCAUUGGCAUCAUCGUGUACAUAUCUGCCAAUGCCGGAGACCCCUCUAAGAGCGACUCCAAAAAGAAUAGUUACUCCUACGGCUGGUCCUUCUACUUCGGGGCCCUGUCCUUCAUCAUCGCCGAGAUGGUCGGGGUGCUGGCCGUGCACAUGUUUAUCGACCGGCACAAACAGCUGCGGGCCACGGCCCGCGCCACGGACUACCUCCAGGCCUCGGCCAUCACCCGCAUCCCCAGCUACCGCUACCGCUACCAGCGCCGCAGCCGCUCCAGCUCUCGCUCCACCGAGCCCUCUCACUCUAGGGACGCCUCGCCUGUGGGCAUCAAGGGCUUCAACACCCUGCCGUCCACCGAGAUCUCCAUGUACACGCUCAGCAGGGACCCCUUGAAGGCCGCCACCACACCCACCGCCACCUACAACUCCGACAGGGACAACAGCUUCCUCCAGGUCCACAAUUGUAUCCAGAAGGAGAACAAGGACUCUCUCCACUCCAACACAGCCAACCGCCGGACCACGCCCGUAUGAAGACCGCCCGGUGGCCGGUGGCUGGUGGGUGGCCCGGGCCAGCGGGAGGGACCCGGGGCCCAGGAGGAGGCGUGGCCCACGGGCAGGGACAGGGCCACCCACAGGGAGACCUUCCCAAAGCAAAACACACACACACACACACACACACAAAACACAAAAAACAAAAAAAGAGAAAAACAUAACAAGUAAAUUUUAAAAAAAGAACAAAAUAUAAGAGGAACAAAGACGUAAAACAACAGGGAAUGGGGGAAAAUAUAAACGAAGGAAGACAAACUUUAAAACAAAGCAAGAGGGAUUAAAAAAUUAACAAUAGAAAAUAAAUCUAAAAGAAAAUGCAUGAUUUCCCAUGUACCAUUAUUUUAACAUUUAAUAAAAACCAAUUUAAAUGAAAACCAUAAAAGGGAACCAAGAUAAUAUUAAAACAAAAAAAAGGAAAAAAAGAAAAAGAAUGGAAAGGAAGAGGGAUGACCUUUGUAUUUAUUAGGGUUUUGUGUUACCAUUUUUUAUUUGUUUGUUUAAUGGGGAGAGUUUCAAAAUUAACAGUAUUAACAGUAUUCUCUCUGUUCCCUUGAACCCCGGUGGGCCCCGCCUCCCUGGGAGAGUGGGGGGCGGAGACUCAGGGCCUGUGGUGGAGUCCAGGCCCCUGGAAGCCCUGGGAGGGGCCCCAGGAGCCAGCUGCCCCCAGCACUGACGGGGCAACUGUAGGCCCCUGGGUGGCCUGAGUUCCCGGUCCCUCCUGUACGCUAGGUGCCUCGGGGAGGGGGGGGGGGAUGCACCUGGGGCUCUCCCAGCCCCUGGUUCCCAGUCCUUAAUGGUCCUAACCCACUGUGAUGACUUCCUAGGCCUUGAGGAAAGGGAAGGAGAAGGGAUGGCUGCCGUGGGCUUACAGAGAUGCCGGACACCCCGGAAUUCUCAGGGUGAGCCUUUUGGGAUCACCAUCCCCAAGCUCCUGUCCUUGGGGUCGGGAGAUGCCCACCCCUCCCUGGGGGGAGAUAAAGCAGCUCUCCCUCCUCACCCCUCACCUCAGGGCCACGUGAUGACCCUGGGGUGAUGCCAGACCCUCAGACUCAUGGGCCCCCUACCCCCUGGGAAAGGGGCUCUUUGACCCCCUUAGGGGUCCUUGGACUCACUGACGCCCUCUCAGGGCCCAGGGUCCAACAAUGACAUUGCAAAAAGGUUUCUUUUUACAAAAGAAAAAGGAAAAACAAGUGGUGAUUUUUUUUUUUAAAUAAAAAAACCACAGACUAUAAAUAAAUGUAAAUAUAUAAUAAGUGGAUUUACUUGCAAGAAAAUCAGAUAGUAUUUUUCUUUUAAUUCUUUUCCAGCUUUAAACUGUGAAAAACAAAACAAUAGGGUGGGUGGGGGACUUAAAAUUUAGCAGGGAACUUCUAAAGACAAAACAGAAAACAAUUAUACAAAUCCAUUAAAAAAACAAAACAGAUGGAGAGAUGCAAGCUGGGCUUAAAGCCAGAGGGAAAAGAGUAAGGCCACAGCCAGCUGCAGGGAGCCUGCUGGAAAGAUCGCUUCCUUCUACUUGGAAGGUGCUGCCAAUGUGGGAGAGAAAGAGACCACAUGCCCACCCACACCACAGCUGCACACGUAGCCACACAGCCCAGCAGUGCAACCGCUCAUGGGGGUACUCUCGGUCUACAGCCGAGAAACUGACUUACGCCCUCCAAAGCCAUUGUUGACAACACCACAACACCACCCUGGCCUUUAUGUCCCCCUGUGGCCCUCACUACACACACACACACACACACACACACACACACACACACACACACACACACACACGCAUGCACGCACGCAAGCACGCACACGCACACACACAUGCAGACCAUGCUCAUGUGCAUGGCCAGGGCGCUGGGGCAGAGUCCAGCCCUGGAUUCAGCACUUCCUCACUGUGUGGCUCCUCCGGCCUCCAUGUCCCCCCAUGUACAUGUACAGACCAACCCAGACAUGCUUAGAAAGCCCGAUCUUGCUCUGUGUAUCUGUGACUUUUAGGAUCUGCCACCUGCCCAGAGCAAGAUGCCAGGGAUGACCAAAUCAGCUGACACCGAGCUCCAGUGACAUUGAGAACGUUCCCAAACCAUCAGUUGGCCUCUCUCUCCCUCCCUCUCUCUCUCUCUCUCACACACACACACACACACACACACACACACACACACAUGCACGCACACGUACACACCUCCCAUAUGGCUCCUCACUGUGCUCCCCAGCCCCUGUCCCCACAUCCAACAUUAAAGCAAAAA